UCGUUACAACUUCUAAAAUGCCCCUCAAAACCUGAGUUAGUUAUUUCGUGACUUGGAUUCAAAUCAUCCAAUUUCAAUUCGAAGCUUCAAUGCAAACAGUGUUGUUAUUCUUUCCAUUUGACCUCGAGGUCAUGUAUAUUGAUGAAGAAGCGACAUGUGCGCACUGCACCUAAAUCGAAACUACAUAUAUGGCCAUUAAAAUGACGCAAGCGGACGAUUUCGUAGAAUUGUGUUGCUGUUCACGGAAGACGAUCAGUAUUGUGCGAGCACUUUGAAGUGACAGGUGCAUUGUGACAGAUGUUGGUGUACCUAUGUCCACCAGAGAGUCUUGAGCAGUUUUCAGCUUCAAAACUGGAGAGCUGAGUAAAAGACGCAGAUGUAAAAGACACAAUUCAAAGUAAAGGCGGGACAGAUUUACGAACUUAACAUGUAGAAAGGCUUCUGAUUUAAGAAAAAUAGAAAGAGGUAACAGAAUCCAACAACCGACCUUUAACCGACCUUGGAACAGCUAGCAAGGUUAUAACAACAGAGUUUCUGGUCAGUGUACAGGAGAGUUCUGUAUAUGGAAAGCUUGGAAGUGAUUGAGGACAAGACGAUUGAGGAUUGAUCACUUGACCACCUUGUUAAGGAGAAAGUAUAUCAAAUGGAGAAAAGACUGAAAGGCAACAAUUUAAAAAGGUAUGACGAAUUUGGUUCUUAUAAUGAUGUUUACUCCAUCAAAGACAUUGCUACCUUUGAGGAAGGGGAAAUUGAGGAGUUAGAAGAAGGUGAGUUGGAUGAGAGAGAGCUUCAUUAUCCCCAAAAUGUUCAGAGUUCACGUAAUAUAACCAAGGUUCAAGGAAGGGAUCCAAAAUAUCAAAAAAGGUCUAUUGAGAGAAGUCAGUCACAUAGGAGAAGCAGAGACAAAUCACCUGGUAGAGCAAGACAACCAGAGAAGGACAGAGCCAUAUCAUCAGAAAGAGCCUACCCUUCAAAGGGGUAUUCAAACAGAUCCCAAGAGCACAGGCAAAUCCGGGAUAGAUCAAGGAGCAGAGAGAGAAGGAUAAGACAUGAAGGACAGUCAAAUCAACAUCACCACGAUCGCCGUCAUCAUGGUGGAAAUAGGUCCAUAUCACCAGGAAGAGUUGAGUAUCAGACAGAGAGAUACCGGAUGUCAGAAAAAGCCUACCCUUCAGAGGGGUAUUCAAACAGAUCCCAAGAGCACAGGCAAAUCCGGGAUAGAUCAAGAAGCAGAGAGAGAAGGAUAAGACAUGAAGGACAGUCAAAUCAACAUCACCACGAUCGACGUCAUCAUGGUGGAAAUAGGUCCAUAUCACCAGGAAGAGUUGAGUAUCAGACGAGAGAUAGAAUCAUAUCAACAGAGAGAUACCGGAUGUCAGAAAAAGCCUACCCUUCAGAGGGGUAUUCAAACAAAUCCCAAGAACACAGGCAAAUCCGGGGUAGAUCAAGAAGCAGGUCAUCUGACAGAAGAAAACAAGAAGGAACAUGCCAACCCGAGAGUGACAGAAUAUUUUCACCAGACCGAGAUUGUGCACUUGGAGGAUCAUUGGGAAGUGGCAGGUAUUGUGACAGAUCAUUUAACAGAUCUUACAGAUCAAGUGAGAGAUGCAGAGGCAAAUCAUUAGACAAAUAUUUGUUCCAAGAGAAAAUACAAGACCCUAGGUGUUCAACCACAACAUAUCAGAAUUCCAGAUCUGAGCAUGUGCAGGGACAUCUAGAAGGAUCUAGAGGCAUAAAACGGAGUCAUCCUGACACAGUAUCUGCAAAAUGGGAAUGGGAAUGGGAGUGUAAAAAGCAGUACAAAGGAACUAAUCAGACAAACAGACAUGAUUCAUACCAGAAGAAACGACAGCAAAAUCAUGGAUUGCUUCGAACUAUAUUGUUUCUGAACAAACCUAUCCCUGAGCCUAAUGUAAUAGCAUCAACACUUGCAAAUCAAAGUGACAAGCUUGAAGCCUAUCUUUGUAAAAAUGACAUAUGUCCACUGAUUUUUCGCCUCAUCUCUGUUUUAGAAAAUUGUUCUAGAGCAACACUUUGCCAUGAAAAUAAGUUGAAAGUCAUGUAUGUGUUACGAACAAGAAAAUUCUUUGAAAGGAAAGAUAUCAUUGAUACACUGAAAGAUCAAGAAUCAUCUUCAGGUAAAGAUUCAUAUUUAGUGUUUUUGACGGAGCUACUGACACUCAUGAAAGCAAUGAUCCACGAAGUUAAAGUGGAAAAGAAAGAUAUUCAGAUCUGCAAAUCACUUAUAGAAAGUAGUCCUCAAAUUGAGGACGAGAAAGGCGAGGGACUAAAGAAGUUGCUGGGGGAGAUAUCAGAGCUGUACAAAAAACAGAACGUGAUGACUCUUGCCUCUAAUGCCCUGGAUGAAUAUCCUGUCAUAGAUCAGCCUAUUCUACCAAGCAUUGAGAUGAUAAAGUCUGGUGACAAAACCAGUAUUCCUAAGCAUGACACAUGUGAGCCAUUCCCCAGUGAACAACAUUAUGUGGCUCACAUGUAUGCCAUCUUCAGAGAAGACUUUGUACAGCCCCUUGUCAAUGGGAUAAGGAUGUACAUAUCUCACUUGGAGAAGCAUUCUAGACAGCGAUUUAGGAAUACUGAUGUUAAGCUCUAUGAGAAGGUACAGUUGAUUUCCACUAUCACACAGAGAGACAAUGGAAUGGCAUGGACAAUCCGUUUUGAGUCAAACUUCCGUAAAGGGUCGUAUAUUCCAUCAGUGCUCCAGUAUGGUAAUCUCCUCUGUCUCUCACAUGAUGGCUUCAAAUCUAUACACUAUGCAACAGUUGCUAACAGAGAUGCAAGUAAACUCAUCAACGGACAAAUAGACAUCACGUUUGUUGAGGACAGUGAUCUGUCACAUCUCCUUGAAGUGACAUUUGUAAUGCUUGAGUGCAGGGCAUUUUAUGAAGCAUAUUCUCAUUCAUUGGCAUCAUUAAAACUAAUGGCCAAGGAUAUAGAAUCCAACGAAAAAGUUCUUCCUCUGGGAAAAUAUCUGACAGGACAAUCACAAACUGUUUCAUAUCCUUCAUAUCUGGAUACAUGUGGUAAAGUGUCCUUUAAAUGUCUGAAACACUAUGGAGACAAUACUAUGAAAGAACAGACUUCUUACACAACUGAGGUGAGGAAACUUGAAUCGUGGCCAUGUUGUACAGAAAUUGGCUUGGAUGCAUCUCAGUUAUUGGCACUUAAACUAGUACUUAACAAUGAGAUUGCUUUAAUUCAAGGUCCUCCUGGAACAGGAAAGACAAUGAUGGGGAUUAGAAUAGUUGAAGUACUUCUUUCAAACAAAGUCAUGUGGCAGGGUCAGAUGCAAGCCAGACCACAUUGGGGGAGGUUCCAUCGUAAUGAUGCCAAAGGCCCACUGCUGUUGGUUAGUUACACUAACCAUGCAUUAGAUCAGUUCUUACAACUGCUACUGAAGUCUCCGAUCAUGGCCAGAUUCGGAGACCAAGACAUCAUCAGAGUUGGCUCAAGAUGCGAAGUUGAGGAACUGUCCAGAUUUGCCCUGAAGAAACACAGACGAAGUCAGUCCUCAGGUGAAUAUAAAAGAAGUUUUGGAGUUCUCAAAGAUAUUGAAAGAAUAGAUGAACUGAAUGACAUUCUAUCAUUGUACCAGACUACUCUGAUUCAUGAAGACAGUUUCAUGGGCAGUGGGAUAUUAUCCUUGUUCCAUUAUUCACAAUUUGAACAAAUGAGGUAUUACUUGGAAGGACUUCCAAACAACAAUAGCAUGUUGUGGUUAUGGUUGGAAUUGCCACACAGCUUGUUUUACGCUCAGUGCACAGCUGAAAAAUCCAACUUUCAAGAAGAACUUGUGCAAGCUGAGGAUAUUAGAAAUGAAGAUGAUGGGCGGAUCAUUGAUGACGACAGCGAUGAUGAUGAUGAUGCCUUUUUGUUUGGCUUAGUGCAUGGACAUAGCUUUUGGCAUUUUCCUUAUCCUAGAAUUGCUUUGGACACAAAACAACUGGAGAAUGAUCACUAUUUCUCAGAUUUGUCUGAAAAUGACUGCAAACAGAUCAUGACAGGGAUUAGAGAGCGCUUGGCUGUGCAGGACUCCAUGCCACAUCAGUUAGCAGAAACCAUCAAAGAUAUAUGGGAGCUGGAUAUCACUAACCGCUGGAGCUUGUACAAGCACUGGGUAUGCAAAGCCACACAUCAACUGACCAAGAAACUGCGAUUAGAGAAACAAGAAUAUCUAAAAGCAUCUCAAAGAUAUUGUGAAACUCGCAGUUUGCUGGACAGCAGGAUCAUGAAAGAAGCAUCGCUUGUUGCCAUGACUACAACUGCUGCAGCACGCUAUACAAGGACUCUGAAAGAAGUGGGCGCUCCUGUUGUCAUCAUAGAGGAAGCAGCACAGGUAUCUGAACAGCAUGUUCUCGGUGCCCUAUCACCCUCUUGUCAACAUUUGAUAAUGAUAGGUGACCACCAGCAACUGAGGCCAGCAUUCAAUGAUUACUCUCUUGCCAAGUCCCAUCAUACAGAUGUGUCACUGUUUGAACGCUUAGUGCGAAGUGGAAUUACUUAUCAGCAGCUUGAAAACCAGCACAGAAUGAGACCAGAAAUGUCACAGCUUCUAGUUCCACAUAUAUACAAGACACUGAAAGAUGAUGACUCUGUCUUCAGCUACCCUGAUGUCCGUGGCAUGGCAAGUAAUGUGUAUUUCCUUUCACACGAAAUAGAAGAAGACCACGAUGAGGAAUCUUUGAGCCACAGAAACAAACAUGAAGCUGACUUUCUGACAAAGUUGUACAGACACCUCAGAUUGCAGGGAUAUCUCUGCAGCGAGAUAACUGUGCUAGCAUUGUAUAAUGAUCAAGUUCAAGCUUUGAGGAAGAGGAUUAGAGAAACUGAGAAGGAUUUCUUAUUGCUUCACAGAAGGGAGGAGGAACAGCUCAAUUCUGAAAUCAAGUCUAUACAAAUGCGAACAAGACAAUCUGGUGUAAGAAUAACAUCAGUAGACAAUUUUCAGGGUGAAGAAAAUAAAAUCAUUCUACUCUCACUUGUUCGCAGCAAUAAAUCAUGUCGAAUAGGGCACCUUUCUGCAGCAAAUCGUGUUUGUGUUGCACUUUCCAGAGCCAAGGAAGGACUCUAUGUGAUUGGUAACAUGGAGUGUUUGGGGAAAGCCUCUUCUCUCUGGGACAAAGUAGUUACCAAAGCUGAAGAAAAAGGUAUGUGUGGAAACGUAUUGAAACUUAAAUGCUCCAAACAUCCAGAGAGAAUGAUGGGGGUUAAAACUGCCAAAGAUUUUGACCAAUACUCAGAUGGUGGAUGCAGUCAGGCAUGUAAUGCACGUCUCAGCUGUGGACAUACAUGCAGCAGAAGAUGCCACACUGAUGACCCAGAACACUCACAGAAAUGUGUCAAAGUAGUUCCUAAACUUUGCAAAGUGGGACAUUGUCAGGAAAAGAAAUGUUGUGAGGAAAUGGCUAAAUGUGAAGAAAUAAUUGAAGUCCAACUACCAAAGUGUGACCAUACUGCAAAGAUGCCGUGUUUCAAAGACAUCGGAGAUGUACAGUGUGAAGAAAGAUGUACAGAGAUAAUAUUAUGUGGUCAUGUUUGUCAAAGAAGGUGUGGAGAGGUUUGCAACACGGCAGACAAUUGCAAUGAACUUGUCAAGAAAACAGGAAAAUGCGGACAUUCCUGUCAGAUUGCAUGUUCCAAAACAAUUGUGUGUAAGAUUCCUUGCCAAGCACAGCUUGAUUGUGGUCAUCCAUGCAUGGGCACCUGUGGAACAUGUCAUCAAGGUCGCUUGCACCAACCUUGCAGGAAGAAAUGCGAGAGGAAAUUAAUUUGUGGGCAUCCCUGUGGAGCAUUUUGUACUGAAGUGUGUCCACCCUGUCGACGACAAUGUGAACAAAAGUGCAACCACAGUGUGUGUGGUGAUAAAUGUGGGGAUAUUUGCGUUCCCUGUAAGGAACCAUGCAGAUGGAGAUGUAGAAAGGAUUGUAGAAAUAAAUAUGCAUGCACCAAGCUUUGCUCUGAAGACUGCAACAGAGACCGAUGUGAUAUGCCUUGCCCAAGAACUAUGCCUUGUGGUCACAAGUGCAAAGCUUUGAAUUGUGAGAAGUGUUUCUGUAGAGAAUGCACAGACCAGGCACAGUUUGAAAUCUUCUUUGGAACCGAAGAUGAACAAGGUGCAGUGUUCUACAAACUACCAGACUGUAAACACAUCUUUGAGAUUACAUCACUCGACACGUACAUGGACAAUGAUAGUGAAAGCAUUGGAAUGAAAACAUGUCCAAGAUGUACCUCCACUAUCAUGACAUCAGAGCGAUAUGGUAAUUGUAUCCGCCAAUGUCAAAAAGAAAUUGAUGAAGUCAAAGAGAAACUAUUUUCCCAACCCAGUGAAAUGAAAAGAGAAAAGGGCAGACUCACUGACGAAUUAUCAAAGAUAGACAAUGAAGAACAAAAGGAUAUAUUCAUGAAACAGGUAUCUUCAACCAAAAACACUGAUGACGUAGCUCGUCUAUCAAAUCAGAUCGGGUUCUAUUUGAAUGUCAGGAGCACUGGAGACAAUUUGGACAGUGUCAUGGCUGGAGACAUUGCUGGAGACACGGUCCAGGACAUGAAAGAUGAGCUAUCCUGUUUGAUGGAAUGGGUUCUUGUAAAACGUGUCAGGUUCAGUGAUCAGGAACUAUCAGAGUUUAAAAUGGAGCUCACUAGAAUAAGACUCGGCUACCGAUAUCUCUUCAUGCAACAUAACCUGUCAGCUAUAGACGUUUCUGAAGAGAAGCGGAAGCGAGUGGGGGAGUCAACAGAGAGACUACGCAGUGGGAACAAGCUGUUGGAGGAUGAGCUGGAAGUCCUGCAGGAGGAACUGAAGAAGCUGGAAGCUGAACACCCUCACAGAGGACUUGGCAUUUCUGAUGACGAGCGUAUCAUGAUACUCAAGGCAAUGGGCUUUAAUCAAAAAGGACACUGGUUCAAGUGCAAGAAAGGUCAUAUUUAUGCAAUUGGUGAAUGCGGUGGAGCCAUGCAAGAAGGCAAGUGUCCUCAGUGUUCGGAGACUAUAGGAGGAUCGCAUCACCAGUUAAGGGAAGAUAACUCCCUGGCUACCGAAAUGGACGGAGCACAAUUUUCAGCUUGGUCGGAUCAGGCCAAUAUGGCUAAUUAUGACCUGGAUUAGCAUCCUUCAUAGUGAAGCAACAACAUAAAGGGGGAACACCCCCCAGAAAGGGAAGAUAACUCCCUGGCAAAUGAAAUGGAUGGAGCACAAUUUUCAGCUUGGUCGGAUCAGGCCAAAAUCUGAAUUAGCAUCUUGUUCAUGUUUCUUAAAGUUGUAUUGGCAACUUGUACAUUUAGUUCACAUUAGUAUAGAAUGUACCUGAAUGUUGUAUUUGGCAACUUGUACAUUUAGUUCACAUUAGUAUAGAAUGUACCUGAAUGUUGUAUUUGGCAACUUGUACAUUUAGUUCAAAUUAGUAUAGAAUGUACCUGAAUGUUGUAUUUGGCAAUUUGUACAUUUAGUUCACAUUAGUAUAGAAUGUACCUGAAUGUUGUAUUUGGUAACUUGUAUAUCUUGCUCACAUUAAUAUGGUAUGUACCUGAAUGUUGUAUUUGGGGACUUGUACAUGUUGUUCACAUUUGUAUAGAAUGUACCUGAAUGUUGUAUUUGGCAUCUUGUACAUCUUGUUCACAUUAGUGUAGAAUGAACCUAGACGUUGUAUUUGGCAACUUGUAUAGUUUGC